ACCCGCUAAACAGUAGCAAAGAAAAACGCAAACAUAGCGGAAAAUUUAAACACUGAAUAUGGGGCCCAAAAGAAGCGCAAAGACAGAAAAUGGUACCCCUACCAAGAAGCCAAAGCUGGAACCCAGCACUGUAGACUUCUGCUGGGAAUUUGAAGGGGACAAACGGACAUGGACUCAGUAUGGUACAUCUAUGAACAAGAUAUUGGUGGACGCCCAUUUAAAAGGAACUGCUAAGGUAGAUUUCAAACUUGAUAAUGGCCAUGAGAUGAGUGUAGACCUCAAGAGUAGUGUGCAAAAAAAUAAGAAAACGGGCUGGGAAAGACCUGUGAGAGUUUCAGCCAAGGACCCUUCUGAUGGAGCCUUUUACGUUUGGAAAUGGGAGGAUGAGAAGGGCAACUAUAAUCCAUACAGUGUUGAGAAUGCCUUGUUGCUAGAGGAGAAAUAUCAACAGAACACAGAUGAGGUUGAGAUACAAGCAGCUGGACGCAGUUAUCUCGUAGAUAUCCCCAAGAAAGAGCAGAAAAAUAAGGACACAGGGGUUGUGAGGAAGAUUUCAAGAACACAAUCAGAUGCCAUAAAAGCUGAUCCAAGUGGGCCGGAACCCACGGAAUCCAGUGGUGUAGAAAGUGACGCACCAUCAACCUCACGCAAAACUAGUAGCCGCGGUAAAUCAGGCAAGGUGAAGGAAGAGCCUCAAGAGGAGGAAGAAGUAGAGAAACCCAAAGCUGCUAAAUCUGGAGGAAAGGGAAAGUCGGGAAGAUCUGGAGCCAAAGAAAGACCAGCAGUGAAAACAAUGGUGAUGUCUGGCAAGGCGCCUGUGGACACUGAGUGCCCCCUGCUGGGGAAGGCUCAUGUCUUCUAUGAGGGCAGUGAUGUGUAUGACUGCAUGCUCAAUCAGACAAACGUCUCCAACAACAACAACAAGUACUUCCUGAUCCAGCUGUUGGAGGAAGACAGCAGCAAGAACUACUACACUUGGUUCCGUUGGGGCCGGGUGGGCUACUCUGGACAGAACAAUCUCGUACGCUGUGGACCCAACCUCGAGGCAGCUAAAAAGCAGUUCAUGAAAAAAUUUCAAGACAAGACAAAAAAUGAGUGGGCCAAUCGUAAGAAGUUUGUGAAAGUGCCUGGCAAGUAUGACAUGCUGGAAAUGGACUACACUGCAAAGGGACUCGAUGAAACCGAUGCCCCAGACUUGAAGAAGACCAAAAGCAACGUGAAGGUGUCUGACUCUAAGCUGGACAAGCGUCUUCAGUCCCUGAUAGACCUGAUCUGUGACAUCAAGACAAUGGAGGAGGCUGUGCUGGAGAUGCAGUACGAUGCCAAGAAGGCCCCACUGGGCAAGCUCACCAAGGACCAGAUCAAGGCUGGAUAUGCCGCACUUAAGAAGAUUGAUGCCUGCGUAGAGAAGAAGGACUUUGGCUCAGCCCUCACACAGGCUUGUGAUGAGUUCUAUACUAGGAUUCCUCAUGAUUUUGGUAUGAGACCUCCAACAAAAAUCACCACAAAGCAGGAAGUGAAGAACAAAAUAGCUCUCCUGGAAGCCUUGGAUGACAUAGAGAUUGCCAUCAAGAUGUUGAAGGAAGGGGACAUGUCAGAGAACCCCGUUGAUCGACACUACCAUGCCCUGAAGUGUGAUAUGGAACCGGUUGAUGCAACAUCAGAAGAAUAUACGAUGAUAAACCAGUACCUUCAGAACACCCAUGCGACUACACACAACCAAUACAGUAUGAAAAUACUUGACAUGUUUUGUCUAGACAAGCAUGGGGAGGCAAAACAGUUCAAUGACGUUGGAAACAGGCUGCUGCUAUGGCAUGGCUCCCGGCUCACCAACUGGGUGGGGAUUCUCAGCCAGGGACUGAGGAUAGCGCCCCCAGAGGCUCCCGUCACAGGAUACAUGUUCGGGAAAGGAGUGUACUUUGCGGAUAUGUCCAGCAAAAGUGCCAAUUACUGCUUCGCUACAAAAACCAAAAAUGUUGGACUACUGUUACUGUGUGAUGUUGCCCUUGGCAACACAAAUGACCUGCUGGCGGCGGAUUACAGCGCUCACAAGUUGCCUGCUGGGAAGCACAGUGUGAAGGGAGCAGGAAGCAUCGGACCAGACCCUAGCCACACCACUAAAACGCCUGAAGGAGCCUUAGUGCCCUGGGGUAAGCCCAAGAACACGGGAGUGAAGAACCCCAGUGGGUACACACUCAACUACAAUGAGUUCAUAGUGUAUGACACCAGGCAGAUCAGGAUGAAAUACCUCCUCAAAGUGCAGUUCAACUUCAAAUGAUGUGGUUUCUGUCAUAUGUUAUGGCUUAAUACACAUGCCAUUGGGUUAAGAUUGUAACAGUUCAAUAGAAACUAUGGGCACAAUCAUGUUUGACAUUACAUAAAUAGACGCAGACAUACAUUAUCUCUGUUUCUACACGUUAGUCUAUUUGUUUUAAUACUCUUUAUUUUUUUUUAUAUUUAUGUCUGAUGGUUUCUGUUAUGAAAUCUUAAUUAUAAUAAGUGUUCUGAUCGUCUUUCUUUAAAAAAAGUUUAUGUGAAAUUAAAGAUUUUUCACACAAAAAACAAAGGCAAUCUAACACUGCAAUCCAUUUGCACACGAUACAGGUCAUUUAUUAAGGUUCAUGCAGUUUUAAUAAAUUGUUACGGGUUUAUACUUUUAUCUUGACCAUUUACGGAAUAGUCUUAGCUACACUAUUUACCCAUUUGCUGGUGUCAUUGUCCAUGUAAAGCUCUUCAUAAGAUAAACCUGCAAUAUCUCCACAUCACUGUGUCUUCUGUAUGUAUCCCUUUACCAUUUAGAUACGCAUUUGUAAGCAUUUGCAUUCCCAUAGAAAGUUAAAUUUAUUUAAAGACCGUUCUUACUUAAUUCAAGUUUUAAAGGCUUCAUUUCCAACCCUUUGAUACUGAGGAGCAGCAAACAGCAUAAAACCUGAACAGACUGAGAGUUACUCGCAGGCUGUUAUGGUUUUAUGCUGUUUGCAAAGCCAUUUGCACGUUGCUUCUAAUGUGGGAAAGAGGUAUUAAUUUGACACUUUAAAGAUUUUUUUGGUAAUAUUGUACGUCACUGACCAAGUUUCAUACCCUAACCUGCAUUUUAGCAGAAGUAAUUGUCGUUUGGUAUGUAAACAAUUCUGGUUAAUGUUUGUGUACAACUACUCCAUAUUUCAAGACAUACAGCUAUUAAAAUUAAACUUUACAUAUGUGUUCUGGGUGUUAAUGAAUAUUCACUGACCAAUACCUAUAACUGGGACUAGCUUUUUAGCAGGAUAAUGACCCAUUUUGUACUUGUAAAAUUGUUUAGGGUUUGAAAAGCAAUGUAAAAUUUAGGUAAGUUGAAGGGCUCAACAUUAACGGUAAUCUGACAGUCCCUGUCAACCAAAAUAUAGGCUUAGGCAAGGAAACAGGUAUUCUGCCACUCCGAUAGGACAAGAACAUUGAAGGUCUUCUUUUUAUUAGCUCGGCUGUUUUCAGAGAAAACCUGAGGUAUUGUCAUCGCCAGCUCGUCCGCCGUUCGCGUAGUUCUAAAACCUUAACAUUGGCUCUAAAAUCAAAGUGUUUCCACACUUCAUAUGUAGCUGCACCUUUAUGAGAUCUACACGCCACACCCAUUUUUUGGGUCACUAGAUCAAAGGUCAAUUUAUUGUGACCUUUAAUAUAUAUAAAAAAUAUCUUCUGACAAGCUUUCAUUUAUUAAAAACUGCACCUGAAGCUGAGCGUUGGUGCUCUUGUUUAUUUUAGUUAUUUAGCUCACCAUAUUGCUCAGGUGAGCUUUUGUGACCGGUCUUUGUCCGUCGUAUGUUCGUCCGUCCGUCCGUAAACAUUUGCUUGUAAACACUAGAGGCCACAUUUCUUAACCUAUAUUCAUGAAACUUGGUCAGAAGCUUUGUCCCAACGAAAUCUCGACCGAGUUCGAAACUGGGUUGUGCCGGGUCAAAAACUAGGUCACUAGGUUAAAAAAAAGAAAAACUUUGUAAACACUGUAGAAGUCACAUUUCAUGCCCAAUCUUCAUGUAACUUUGUCAAAAUGUUUGUCCAAAUGAUAUCUUGGUUGAGUUCAAAAGUGGUUCUGAUUCGUUGAAAAACAUGGCCGCCAGUGGGCGGGGCAGUUUUCCUUAUUUGGCUAUAGAGAAACCUUGUAAACACUCUAGAAGUCACAAUUUUUGCCCAAUCAUCAUGAAAGUUGGUCAAAACAUUGGUUCAAUUGAUGUCUCGGACGAGUUCGAAAAUGGUCGAGAUCGGUGAAAAAACAUGGCCGCCAGUGGGCGGGGCAUUUUUCUCUAUAUGUAUAUAGUGGCAGUUUUCCCUAUUUGGCUAUAGAGAAACCUUGUAAACACUCUAGAAGUCACAAUUUUUGCCCAAUCAUCAUGAAGUUGGUCAAAACAUUGGUUUUAUUGAUAUCUCGGACGAGUUUGAAAAUGGUUGGGAUUGGUGAAAAAACAUGGCCGCCAGUGGGGGCAUUUUUCUCUAUAUGUAUAUAGUGAAAACGUGAACACAGUAGAAGUUACGUUUUUGGCCCAAUUUUCAUGAAAUUUGCUGAGAACAUUUGUUUCCUUCAUACGAGAUUUGAGUUCAAAAAUGGUUACGGUCAGAUGAAUAACAUGGCUGCUGGUAGGGGAGCAGUUUUCUCAUUAUGCCCCCCCCCCUUUCGAAGAAGAGGGAGUAUAUUGUUUUGCUCAUGUCGGUCCGUCCGUCCACCAGAUGGUUUCCGGAUGAUAACUCAUGAGGGCUUAUGCCAAGGAUCAUGAAACUUCACAGGUACAUUAAUCAUGACUCGCAGAUGACUCCUAUUGAUUUUUAGGUCAAAGGUCAAGGUCACGAUGACCCGAAAGAGUAAAAUGGUUUCCGGAUGAUAACUCAAGAACACUUAUGCCAAGGAUCAUGAAACUUCAUAGAUGCAUGGAUCAUGACUCGCAGAUGACGCCUAUUGAUUUUCAGGUCACUAGGUCAAAGGUCAAGGUCACGGUGACCCAAAGCAGUAAAAUGAUUUCAGGAUGAUAACUCAAGAACGCUUAUGCCUAGGAUCAUAAAACUUCAUAGCUACAUUGAUCAUGACUUGCAGAUAACCCCUAUUGAUUUUCAGGUCACUAGGUCAAAGGUCAAGGUCACGGUGACCCAAAAUAGUAAAAUGGUUUCUGGAUGAUAACUCAAGAACGCUUAUGCCUAGGAUCAUGAAACUUCAUAGGUAUAUUGAUCAUAAUUCGUGGAUGACCCCUAUUGAUUUUCAGGUCACUAGGUCAAAGGUCAAGGUCACGAUGACCCAAAAUAGUAAAAUGGUUUCUGGAUGAUUACUCAAGAAUGCUUAGGGGUAGGAUCAUGAAACUUCAUAGGUACAUUGAUCAUGACUUGUAGAUGACCCCUAUUGAUUUUCAGGUCACUAGGUCAAGGUCACGGUGACCAGAAAUAGUAAAAUGGUUUCCAGAUGAUAACUCAAGAAGGUUUAUGCCUAGGAUCAUGAAACUUCAUAGGUACAAUGAACAUGACUCGCAGAUGACCCCUAUUGAUUUUCAGGUCACUAGGUCAAAGGUCAAGGUCUCUGUGACCUGAAAUAGUAAAAUGGUUUCUGGAUGAUAACUCAAGAACGCUUAUGCCUAGGUUCAUGAAACUUCAUAGGUAUAUUGAUCAUGACUAGCAGAUGACCCCUAUUGAUUAUCAGGUCACUAGGUCAAAGAUCAAGGCCACAGUGCUAAAUAACGUAUUCACACAAUGGCUGUCAAGGUCACGGUGACUCAACUUGGAAAAAUGGUUUCUGGAUGAUAACUCAAGAAUGCUUACGCCUAGGAUCAUGAAACUUCAUAGGUAUAUUGAUCAUGACUCGCAGAUGAAAUAAUGAUGUAACUUGACCAGGAUGUUUGUCUGGACAAUAUCUAGGUCAAGUUUGACAUUUGGCAAAGAUUGAAUGAACCGACUCCUCUCAGGUGAGCAAACUAGGGCCAUCUUGGCCCUCUUGUUUAGUUUUUUAGUUCUUGAUAUUUUGAUCUUUUUAAUAUUUUAAUUUAAUACAUUUUUUGACACUUAGUCCUAGAAAGUUGCUUGUUUACAAAUGAUUUUUUUUAACGCACUAUUAAUGGUCGCUUUGGCUAAAAAUAUUUUAAGAUUAUUGUCUUAUACAACUUCAGUAAGGAUGGAGAUAUUUUUAAGAACUUUUGUGUAGGUAGCUUACAUGCUGAUCUAGCAUGGGCUUGCAUUUAUGGGCCGAUGUGGCCAAGGUUACUGUACCGAAAAAUGGAAACUUUUUUUUCAAUAACUAGUUUGCAUUGUGGUAGUUUGCUGUAAUUUUGUUUCAAUACAGACCUAUCUGGGUUUUGCAUUUGUUGCCAGUCGGGUCAGUCAAUAUUACAAUUUCUGUUCAUAAACGCGCUCUAUCACCUGAUUUUGCUUCAAGUUAUUGUGCUGCCAUAUGGUUUGUAGUUACCAUACAUGCAGACUGACCUUGGGAUCGGACCAGGGGCCAGUCGGAUAAAGGUGAGCGUGUCUGUUACUAAAAAUAGGAAAACAGUUUAUGCUCACAAAUUUUGAUCAAGAAUAGUUAAAUAAAUUAACAAGUAAAAUGAUGAACUUGUACUAUUGUGACAUGAGGAUGUUUCUGGCUAUAACCUUAAUGUGUCUUGUUCUGACAAAACUGGGCAUAAUGCAUGUGCGUAAAGUGCCGUCCCAGAUUAGCCUGUGUAGUCUGCACAGGCUAAUCAGGGACGACAUUUUCCGCUUGAACUUCAUUUUCGGUAAGAAGGGACUUCCUUCAAACUAAAAAUACCAUAAAAGCGGAAAGUGUCGUCCCUGUGCGGACUGCACAGGCUAAUCUGGGACGGCACUUUACGCACAAGCAUUAAAGUGCAGUUUUCUCAGAACAAGACACAAAUAUUCAGAUUUAAUUUUGCAUAUAACUAUCUAUCGAACAUCUACAGAUACAGAAUUUCAGCUUCAAACAUGUCUUCAUUGUCAUUAAAUUAGGUGAAACAUACAUUGCAGUAUUUCAUAGAAUAGUGGGGCAAAAUGUCUUAGGUUGUUUUAUUGUUCUGAUGAUGAUGUCUUUAAAUUGUUAUGGAUAUAUUUACAAACCUUAAAAUUCUUUAGUUACAAAUGUGAAGGGACAGAUAUGAGUGUUAUGGCAAUAUUUUUGUGUAAUUUGUUAAUGACUAGCAUAAUGUUUAGUGUUCUUAAAUGAUUGUUUAUGUUGUCUUUUGAAUUAUAAUAAAACUUUAUAAA